CAUCAUUGUUGCCAACAUAACAUGGUCGAUCUCAGAGAGCAGCUCAACUAAUGCCGUCUUGGCCUGGAAGAGAAGUUGUCUUCCACCAUUGAUGUGAUGUCUCCCCGAGUCUAAUGAUGCUUUACAGGCAUAGUGCUCUCUCACACACAUUUUAAUGUGGCUCCAACGAGAGAGAGAAAGAGAGAAUCUUUUUUACGUUUUCUAGGGUCAAUUGAUCCUCCAGGCUCAUAUCGUUGGACAUUAAGAUGAGAGCGGAGACAGGCGCAGUGUCGCCAUGGAGGAUUGGAGGCGAAGAAAAGAGGGAUUUUAAUAGGGAGAGUUAUCUGCGAUGCUGUCGGGGGACUUUCAAUCCGCUGUCGGCUGUUUACGGUCCCAAUGGGCAAAGUCUUCCAACAUCGCACCCAUUAAAAACUCGGCAAAUUUCAUCUCAAAUGUCCAUGGCACUCUCUCUCUCCUCUCUCUCUCUCUCUCUCUCUCCGUGCUGGGCUCGCUUAUGAUUGCGAUGUAAAAGAGCAGGUCGCCCAAAAAAAUAAGAACUUUCUUCUUCCCCUUUGCUCUUGAGUCUUGAGAGCUGCUGUACGUACGAGUAGGAAUCUGCGUCCUCUUUGGCCUUGAAAUCGCAACAGAAUCACAGUGGGGGAGCAAAGGAGGGUACUUUGAUGACUCCGCUGCUGGAGCACGACUACAUAGGCCUCUCGGAGAGCCCUGACAAGUUCUCGGCGGUCGGGGCGCUCAAUCUCAAGGACACUGAGCUCCGGCUUGGACUCCCGGGUUCGGAGUCGCCGGAGAGGGCGGAUGGAGCAGGGGUCGGGCUGUGGCCGCCCAAGGGCUUCGUCUCCGGGGCCAAGAGGGGGUUUUCGGACACUAUCGAAGAGGCUGGAAAGUGGGGGCUUCCUGGAGUGAAUGGAACUGAACUGGAGCCUGGGAAGGGUGGGGCUUCCUUCUCCCCCAAGGUGGAGAACGCCGGUGGAAAGCAUUCCGGGCUGGCCAACGCGGGGAAGGAUGCUGGUGGUGCCGAAAAGACAGCACCUUCGCCAAAGGCACAAGUGGUUGGAUGGCCACCGAUCCGAAGUUAUAGAAAGAACACAAUGGUCGCAAACCCGACCAAGAAAAAGGAGGAUGAUGAAGUGAAACAAGGGGUGGAAUGCCUCUAUGUCAAGGUCAGCAUGGAUGGAGCUCCAUAUCUCAGAAAAGUUGACCUCAAAAUGUAUUCCAACUAUAAGGAACUCUCACUGGCUCUUGAGAAGAUGUUUACUUGCUUUACUAUUGGUCAGUGUGGAUCAAAUGAAAUGACCAACAGAGAGAUGCUAACAGAGGGUCGAGUGAUAGAUCUCCUUGAAGGGUCUGAAUAUGUUCUUACCUAUGAGGACAAGGAUGGAGAUUGGAUGCUUGUUGGUGAUGUUCCAUGGAGCAUGUUUACUGAUUCAUGCAGAAGGUUGAGGAUCAUGAAAGGUUCAGAUGCAAUUGGUAUUGCUCCAAGGGCCAUGGAGAAAUCCAAGAGCAGGAACUAACAAAACAUGCAGACCAAACUAGUUGCAACUGGCUCACAGAAAUUGAAAGAUAUCUGUUUAGUCUUCCGUCUUUAUUUUGUGAUUUACCAGAGUGGAGUGAAACCUCUAGUUGACUUGCUAGUUCGUGGACAGUGUUGGUAGUUGCUGUAGUAGGUAUUAUCUUGUCAUCUCGUAUGCAUUGGUAUUAGAUGUGUGUUUUCAUCAA